AUGACAACCCUGCUCGAGUACACUCAAGUCGAACUUUUGACGCUCAACGGCCCAGAAUUCCGCCGAGUGUCCACUGCUCCUCCGCGCCCAUCAACCGAGGAUGAGAUUCCGAUCAUAGAUCUCGCUUCUAUUGACGGGGAUCUAGAAGCGAGAAAGGCCCUCGCGUCCAAAGUCAGAACAGCAGCCGAGAGCACGGGCUUCUUCUAUAUCAAAAACCACGGGAUCUCAGAAGAGCUCAUCCAGAAUGCCCUAUCCCAAGCACAAGCUUUCUUCGGCCAGCCGAUCGAAAAGAAACAGCUAGCUUCAAGCAAGAUUCAAAAGAACGCUGAUGGAUGGCAUGGGCUAGGGACUACCCAAAUUAACAAAACCGAAACAAGGGAUCGCAAAGAGACAUUCUCUCUGCGCUAUAAUCGCAAGAAUGAUCCAACUGUCCCCGGCAGGGAGACGCUGUCCAGCGAAGAUGACUUCGCUUGGGAUACAACAAGCCAUCUCCCUGGAUUCCAGGAAACAACAAUUGAAUUCUAUGAGCGUCGCCUCACGCUCGCGCGCAAGAUGAUUCGUAUCUUUGCUCUCGCUCUAGACAUGCCGGAAGAUUACUUUGACUCGGUGACCACGAACCCCGGUGCAGACGGGCUUUACGUACACUAUCCCGCUACACCAGCUGAUGCACUCGAGGAAAGCAAUGGGGAUGUCGAUGUCGGGAUCGGCUCCCAUACUGAUAUCCAGUGCGUCACUCUUCUGUGGCAGGAUAUGUCUGGUGGUUUGCAGGUACUAUCUGCCAGUGACGAGUGGCUCGAUGCUCGGCCGAUAGCUGGCACGCUAGUGGUUAAUAUUGGCGAUUUCCUCCAGCGUCUUUCGAAUAAUAGGUUUAAGUCCACGGUGCAUAGGGUCUACAAUCGUCAGCCUAGCUCCAGGUACUCGAUGCCUUUCUUCCUGGGGUUCAAUCCCGAUUCGUGGCAUCGAAACCGUCUUGAGCUCGCACACGGGAAGCCCAUUUCUGAUUAA